CGAGAAAUCGCAGGAAAUUGCGAGAUAUUGUUUACUAGACUUACACAUUGUUUGGAAGCGUUGGCGGGCAUACUUUUUUUCGGAGAGUGAGUGGCUAUGCAAGGACCUGCAGCAUGGGCCGAAAAUAUAAGAGAAAAACUGAUAAACAGCGGGAUCCUACUGCCUUUGAAAAUGCACUGAUGGAAGUUAAAGAGAAGGGUGCUUCAGUAAGGGUUGCUGCUGCUCUGUUCGGAGUACCUAGAAGCACACUUCAUGACUAUGUACAGAGAUCCAAAACCAGGCCUAUUGUUGACCAGACUUUUCAAUUAGCAAGUUACUCUGUUAGACAAGUACUAACUCCAAACAUGGAAAAGGAAUUAGCCACUUACUUAAAAGACUCCUCUAAACUGUUUCAUGGUUUAUCUACCAACACAACAAAACGGCUGGCAUAUGAAUAUGCUGUUGCUAACAAAGUUGGUGUUCCAGAAUCAUGGGCAAGGGAUGAAUCUGCUGGAAGAGAUUGGUUAACUUGAUUUCUUGAAAGACAAGGGGAUCUCUCUCUAAGAACCCCUGAAGCAACACGUCUGGCUCGAAUGACAAGUUUUAAUAGAACUAACCUUGGCAUUUUUCAGACUAAACUAGAAGAGGUUCUACAGCGAUAUCAGUUAUCAGAAUCAUGCAUCUAUAACCU